AGAUUCGGCUCAGAUUUCGAUGAUGGAGCCGUUUUUUCAGGCAGCUGAAGGGGCGCUGUCGCGGCGACAUCCCAAUGCUCGCAGAUAUCGAUGAGGCAUCCUAUGAUUCGCUCGAGAGUGAGUCCAUCCAUCAGCAGCUCCAGAAAGACCUGGAGCAUUGGAACUCGCUGGCCCGGCAGCGCCUGGCAGCCUCCAAGGCCGCGCGGCAACGCGCCGAGGCGGACGUGCAGCUGCUGGCGAAUCGCCUGCGGCUGCUGCGGCAGGAGGAAGCCAAGUCGCGGAAGAUCAUUGAGGAAGUCAGGAAACGCACACAGGAGGUGUUGGAGACACGGAUGAACCAGCAACAGAUGUUGCAAGAUCAAAGCAGCUUCAAGCAGAGCAACCAGCAGGCCAUUGAACAGAAGAGGCAGCAGAACAACUGGCGCAGGGUUCAAGCUCGCUUUGCCCGUCAGCAAGCCAAAGAGGAACGAGUUUGUGCCAACCGUCGAUGCGUCUCUGAGCAGCGCGCUGAGCAGCAGCAAAGGGCGGCCCUGGCCGAGCGCAAUGAUAGGCCCCCAAGUGUGGCGUGUUCCACUGCCGCCUCGGACGAAACCGUUGUUUCAACUUCUGCUCCGAAGGCUCCUCCCAGACGACCACCAGCACAGCCAACGUCUGCAGAGCUUUUGGCCGAAGAACGUGAACUCUUGGCGCGCCUGCGACGAUCGGACGCGUCUGCUAGGGUACGACGACCGGCUCUGCCACCGGUUGCACUGGAAGAUGAAGGUCCCAUCAAGGCGGCUCUUCGUGAGGCCAGUUUUAACACGCCUCGGUAGCUGAAUCUGAGCGGGUGAACGGCAUCCUAUGCAUCCUAUGGCAUCGUGGCAUUUGAGCCAUCC